AUGUUGCCGUCCUCGGUGCGUCGCGUCGUCUCCUCGGCGCCACCGGCGGCUGCUGGCCUCGCAGCGGCUGCGGCUCCCAGGGCCGCUGCGGCUGCCUGUGCCUCGAUCCCCGUCGUCAUGCGCGGCCACCAGCGUCGCUUCUCCUCGUCCAAGCCCUCGCGCUCCGACAACGGCUCCAGCGAGUUCUCGGCCGGCCAGUCUGUCCCCGCCUCUUCAUCACGCCCUGAUGGCAAAGCCACGGGCGACAAGAGGAAACGAAAGAGCAAGGAGGCGUCAGCCCGCGAUGCCUCUUUCAAGAAGCUGCCAAGCGUUCCUGCCACGCACCACAUGUCCCACGAAGCCCUCGGCCUCUCGAGCUUCUUCUCGCUUCACCGCCCCAUCUCCAUCACGCAGACGAUGCCGCGAACCGUUACCGACGAGCACUUUGCCUCCAUUUUUGCGGCUCGCUCCAAGGCUAGCCGCAUCUCCGAGACCAUGUCGACCCUGUCCGACACCAUCGACCAGCUCGAGGGCCCCAUGGCCCAGAUGACGAUCGGCGGCCAGGAGGAGCAGUUGCAAAACGGCAUGCAGCGCCUCGAGGUCCGCAACGCCGACGGCUCCGAAUCUAGCGUCUACUUGCAGGUCGACACCAUGUCGGGCGACUUCCUGCCCUUUCGCCCGCCGCCCCUCCCGCAGGCCCAGCCCGCCGGCGCCGAGGGCGAGACGAGCGGCGUGGCUGCUGCGGCCGACGCCGAGGCGGCUGCGGCCGAGGAGAACCCCCAGCACCGCGUCUACAAGGCCAUGUUCACCAUUGAGGAGUCCACCGAGGCCGACGGCCAGAUCCGCAUCGUUGCCCACAGCCCCCGCAUCGUCAACGAGAACCAGCCGCGCAGCUUCGUUGAGCGGCUCGCCCAGCGCCAGCUGCGCUUCGACGAGGCCCGCGCCCGCCGCGCCGGCGAGACCAUGGAGGCCAUCAGCGUCAAGCGCCAGCGCAAGCUCAAAAUGAAGAAGCACAAGUACAAGAAGUUUAUGAAGCGAACGAGAAACUUGCGCCGCAAGCUUGACCGCACGUAA